UCCACUAUUGGACCGAUUCAAUGGUAACGCUAGACUGGAUCAACAAACCAGAGCACCGAUGGCCAACGUUUAUCUCGAAUCGCGUAAAAAUGAUUAAUCAGAAAACAUCAGCACACUGCUGGCAUCACGUAAGAUCGAAGGACAACCCCGCAGAUUUGAUAUCUAGAGGAGUUACCACAAAAAAGUUGUCCAGCAGCAGCAUUUGGUGGUCUGGCCCAUCUUUUCUGCAGGAACAUCAGCAACCAUGGAUGCCGGAACCAGCGCGCAUUCUCACGACCACAACGGAAAUCGAUGAACCUGCAAGGGAAAUACCCGAUCAGGCUGGUACAUUUCUUCUGGAUCGAUUUUCUAGUUUUGGAAAACUCCAAAGAGUAGUCGCUUACAUGUUGCGAUUUAUCAACAACUGCCGGGACAAACACCAGAGGGCUUUGGUGUCGGAGCGCCUUUCAGUGUGCGAACUUGAUGCAGCACAGGUACAAAUAAUCAAAAUAACUCAACAAAGGUAUUUUGACCAAGGAAUCAAAAAUAUAAGGAAAAACGGAUGCGUAGCUAACAACAGCUCAUUGGUAACGCUGCAUCCAUUCCUUGAUGAUAACGGGCUACUGAGAGUUGGCGGGCGCAUACAGGCGGCUGGAGUAACCUACGAUCAGAAACAUCCGUUAGUGUUACCUUCGAAAUGCAGCGUAACCCAGUUGAUUGCAACCGAUACACACCGGAAAAACCUGCAUGUCGGACCACAGGGAUUGCUCUACGCCAUGAGGUUGAAAUACUGGCCGAUCCAUGGUAAACAAUUAGCGCGUCAAGUGGUGCACCGAUGUAUUACCUGCUUCAAAAACAAACCGAAACCAUUGCAUCAAAUCAUGGGACAGGUCCCAGAUGUACGUCUGAAUCCAGGCAGACCAUUCCAAGUAUGUGGAGUAGACUUUGGUGAUCCCUUCAUUAUCAAAGAGAACUUCGUGAGAACUCAGAAAACGCUUAAAGUAUACGUUGCGCUGUUCAUUUGCUUAAGCACUCGCGCUGUUCAUAUCGAACUCGUGAGCGGUUUGUCCAGUGAAUGUUUCAUUGCAGCCCUCAGAAGAUUCAGUAGUCAGCGUGGUCGGAGCAGCAUCAUUCACUGCGAUAAUGGAACUAAUUUCGUUGGCACAAAAAACGAACUGGAUGCUAUAGCUGCUAAAUUCGAUGCAGAAGUUUCUCCUAACAUUAAAAGCUUCUGUGCAGCUGAAGGAAUCGAAUGGAAAUUCAUUCCCCCUCGAGCACCGAACUUCGGGGGCAUUUGGGAAGCUGGCAUCAAAAGCGUUAAGCACCACAUGAAACGAGUUCUUGGGACAAAAAUACCAACCUACGAGGAAAUGUUGACCCUUUUGAAACAAAUCGAAGGUUGCCUAAAUUCGCGGCCGAUAUCGCCCAUGUCUACGGACCCCGAUGAUACCAGCCCUCUAACACCGGGACAUUUCUUGAUCGGCGGACCUAUCAUUGCCCUGCCGGAUAAAAAUGUUUCUGAAACUCCUGCUAACCGGCUAACUCGAUUCGAGGAAAUACAAAAAACUGUGCAGCUAUUUUGGAAGCGAUGGAGAGCCGAAUACUUAAACAAUCUACAACAACGUACCAAGGCAAUGGCCAGUAAUCAACCCAAUCUUUUGGUUGGACAACUAUGCCUGAUAAAGGAUGACAAUCUUCCACCGCUAACUUGGAUCACAGGACGAGUCGUUAAAGUACAUCCCGGCCCUGACGGCCUCGUACGCGUUGCUACACUUCGUACCAAAAAUGGGGAACUUAAAAGGUGUAUCUCAAAGUUGUGUCUUUUACCACUUGAAGAAUAUGGCGGGGGGAGUAUGUAGGAUAAUUAAGUCCUUUUGAAAUGUUCCACUGCGUUGAAAGCAUACCCUCAAAUAAAAACCUUGUGUUCUAGUACCUCGUUUAUUCUACGUCUCCAAGGCUCUCCACACAGCACCGCCGAAGGCGUCACUGCUCUGAGCAACGCUGGAAUCGUGCACUUCUCCUACAACCAGCAAGUUGGUCACAUC